AUGGAGACUUGGAAGAGGAUACCCCUUUACUUAGUAGCAGUGACCUACCUGCUGUUGGGAGCCGCUGCCUCUAACGAGCAGUACCAGAUGUUCUUAAACAAGCAUCACGACAACCCCACGACUAAAAUCGAGAACUCCGGAUACUGUGACAUCCUGAUGAAUUACAGGAAACUGAUCCAAUCGUGCGUGCCCAUGAACAUUUUCAUCCACGCCUCCGAGACACAACUCCAGGACGUAUGCGGGGACGGAGGGGUCCCCUACCACGGCACCGGAAACCGUCAGAGCAGGCAAUCCUACCCUGUCACUAUCUGCAGGCUGGGGGUGGUCACCAGGACCCGGAGAUGCAUCUACUACGCCACCUACAGCAACAUGCGCCUGUUCCUUAGCUGCGACGAAAAUAACUUGCCCGUGCUUCUAGAUGAAGUCCUCACCCUGGGCAGCUGA